CUGCCGCAGGGGGCCAGGCCCGGCUCGGCCCCUCGGGGGCGCUCUGCGGCGAAUUCCGGCCUCCAGGCCUGGUUCCCACCCGUGCCAAGUCCGUCCAGCCUCCCUUUGUUGUUCCAUCCCCGCGGCUGGUGCGUGACGGUGGGUCUUUCCCAGCCCCGCUGGGUCUCGGCGUCGGGGCGUCUCUUGCAAGGCUCUCCGUCCUUUUCUCUCUCGAGUUCUCGUAGGAGGAAUUCAACUCUGUCUCCCUUAAAACCGAUGAGACCUGCAGACCUUGGCUGCACGGCCUGCCGUGCAUUUGAUUUGCACUGACUGCACCAAGUCUUGCACUGCUUUCUGUAAACCGCCUCCGCCUCACUGCUUCAGUUUCGGUGCAAACGUCACCCAGGAGGACGCAUUUCAGUACGCCCUGCUUGAACCUGUCACUUUAACUUAGCACUUAGGAACAGGGACCUUGAGAAGGACAAAGGAUCAACACUUCUGAACAUCUCUGGGUUUUGGCAGUGUGUGGUAUGCACCCUGACCAUCAGGAAACACUGAAAAAGAACCGCGUGGUGCUGGCCAAACAGCUGUUGCUGAGUGAGCUGUUAGAGCAUCUCCUAGAGAAGGACGUCAUCACCCUGGAGAUGAGAGAGCUCAUCCAGGCCAAAGUGGGCAGUUUCAGCCAGAAUGUGGAACUCCUCAACUUGCUGCCAAAGAGGGGGCCCCAGGCGUUUGAUGCCUUCUGUGCAGCACUGCGGGAGACCAAGCAAGGUCACCUGGAGGAUCUGUUGCUCACAACCCUCUCUGGUCUUCAGCCUGUACUCCCACCGUUGAGCUGUGACUACGACGUGAAUCUCCCUUUUCCAGUGUGUGAGUCCUGUCCCCCUCAUAAGCAGCUCCGCCUGUCAGCAGAUACUGUGGAGCACUCCCUAGAUAAUGGUGAUGGUCCUCCCUGCCUUCAAGUGAAGCCUUGUACUCCUGAGUUCUAUCAGACUCACUACCAGCUGGCCUACAAGUUGCAGUCUCGGCCUCGUGGCCUGGCACUAGUGCUGAGUAACGUGCACUUCACUGGGGAGAAAGACCUGGAAUUUCGCUCUGGAGGAGACGUGGACCACAGUACUCUGGUCACCCUCUUCAAGCUCUUGGGCUAUGACAUCCAUGUUCUACACGACCAGACUGCACAGGAAAUGCAAGAGAAACUACAGAAGUUUGCACAGUUACCUGCACACCAGGUCACCGACUCCUGCAUAGUGGCACUCCUCUCUCAUGGUGUGGAUGGUGCCAUCUACGGUGUGGAUGGCAAGCUGCUUCAGCUCCAAGAGGUUUUUCAGCUCUUUGACAAUGCCAACUGUCCAGGUCUACAGAACAAGCCGAAGAUGUUUUUCAUCCAAGCCUGCCGUGGAGGUGCUAUUGGAUCCCUUGGGCACCUCCCUCUGUUCACUGCUGCCACCGCCUCUCUUGCUCUGUCUUUUACAGAUGAGACUGAUCGCGGGGUUGACCAGCAGGAUGGGAAGAAGCAUGCAGGACCCCCGGGGUGUGAGGAGAGCGACGCUGGCAGAGAGCAGCUGCUGAAGACACGGCUGCCCACCCGCUCCGAUAUGAUAUGUGGUUAUGCCUGCCUCAAAGGUACUGCUGCCAUGCGGAACACCAAGCGGGGUUCCUGGUACAUUGAGGCACUCAGUCAGGUGUUCUCUGAAAGGGCUUGUGACAUGCAUGUGGCCGACAUGCUUGUUAAGGUGAACGCCCUCAUCAAGGAGCGGGAGGGCUAUGCUCCCGGCACGGAAUUCCACAGGUGCAAGGAGAUGUCUGAGUACUGCAGCACUCUGUGCCGUCACUUCUACCUGUUCCCCGGAUACCCGCCCACGUGAUGCCACCUCUCAGGACCAUAGGAGGCACAGUGGAGCCUUUUCUCUUCAGGACGCACCAUUUUUGUUCUGCCCUCUCAGGGAUGCGGAAAUCUCCCAUGUCGGUUUCCUGUGCCAGUCAUCUCUGCCUGGGGAUGAGACUUGAGGACAGCUCCUCCUGGGUGACUCUUUCUCCCUGUACAGCCGGCUCUAGAUGGAUUUGUUGCCAGGAGUGUUAGCUGCAGCCAAAGAGCUGGCAAGUGACAUUGUGAAUGCAGUAUCGUCAUGGGGUGAGGGCAUGCUGAUUGCCCAGUACUUGUAUUUCUGUCCCUAGGGCUUUUUUUUUGGUGGGGGGGGGACACUUUGGUUAUUGCUUUUAUUGCAUUAGUUAAGGUAUCUCCGAAAUUACCUUUUUCUUUCUUUGUUUGUGUUCAUAUCCCUUUAAUGUCGGCGUUUCCUUGUGGCUUGAAGAGGCACAUGGGCCUGGGACGCUCGCUUUGCCUCUGGGCGGAAGUAUGUGUGCUGCUUGCAGGUCCCGGGCAAGCGCGUCUUCUCAGCUGUCCCGUUGCUUCCUUCGGGCUCAUGCACUUGGUCUGUGAGCAGAGCGGGGUUCCGCAUGCCUGGCCUCUGACAGUCUUAGAGAUCGCCCUUGGUCUUUCUUUGCCUGAACUGUUACUGAAACGGGCCUAGAAGUGAGCAUCAACAGAAGAAAGACAAGGUGACAGUCACAAAUUCCCCUCACUGUGGUCUCUUCCAUGCAGUCUAGACGUCUACGGAGUGUUAGCCAGUACCUCCUGCUUUGGUCCCCCUUCGCUUUGAUCCUGUUCACCGCUUCUGCCUAGUCUCUCCUCCACUGGAGGCGUGCUGCAGUGCUUUGCCCCUAUCUUUAGCUUCGGUGGAACCCCUUUGCUUUCUGGUGGCCUUAUUUCCCUUUCUCACAUCUCAGCCUGAGUGAGGAUGUUAUAGACAUGCUACUCCUCUUCUCCAGAAACCAUAGUCUCUGCUUUCAGGAAACCAAGCCUUUUGCAUUUCCAUUCUUUCCACCUCUACUGUCUUCUCUUCAUACCAGUAGUUUUUAGCUGAUGGUGUCACUCUCCUGUUUGGGACAUUUGGGCUUCUUAGCUACAUCUCAUAAAAUCCAAAUUCCUUACCCUGACUUCUGUGAUAUGGCUCCAGUCUUCCCCUUGAAUCUCAUUAAGUGGUGGUUUCUCACUGUGUUCCAGCCCUUCUGCUUCUCAGGUGUUCUGAGCUCUUUGUCCUACUGUUCUCUGGGGUGGCAUCAUAUUCUGCAAGUCUGUGGAGGCCUUCCCAGACCAGUCUGUCUACAAACAGCCUUCAGCCUUCGUGAUCUUUGCACCCUGUCAAAGUUUCAUUGUGCUCUUGACUUGUCCAUUGUCGUCCCCCCCCCACACACACACACAGACUGUAUGCCCAAGAGAGCACAGUCCCUGGCUCUCCUACUUACCACUGCGUACCCUGUGUCUGACACAGCUAGAUUUUUGGUAAGUGUUUGCUGAAUGAAGGAUGGAUGAAAACAGCCAAUCUUAGCUAGAAUCCUUCUUUUUUUUUUUGUCAGAUUUUCCCAUUUGACAAUAUACAUAGUUUAGUAUUUUUACUCAUGCUUUAGGUGUUUUGUUCUUUUUUCUCCUCAUGCUUUCAUUUUUUGUAUGGACCGGUUGUUUUGUUCUUAUUCACUGGGUUUGGGGUGUUUGUUCAGCUCCUUGAACACAUACCCGACGUACUUCACAUCUCCUAUGGUGCCUAGCAACAUGCUAGGCCUCCAGUAGUUGCGGUGCUCAUUUGAUUUGGUUUGAAGACUUGCUGCCGAGUCCUGCCUUUGGGUUGGUAUAGGAUGGAGGUAUUUGAGUGGUAGAACUUCUCCACUUCCCACUGCCAAGAUUUUGUAUUUCCAUCAGGUGCCAAAUAAAUGUUCAUCUUUGCUGCUGC